AUGGCCUCUUUUCGCCCUUUCGAGUGGCUAAUCAUUUGCACAACAUUGUUUGUUGUUCUUGUUGCCCGAGUCAUUGCCAUUGACAUCUACCAUGAAUGGGUUGUUUCCACUGACACUACAAUUAGACCCGUGUCGUCUCCUCAACCUGUUAUCACCAUUAAUGGAAUGUUUCCAGGACCCCUCAUCAAUUCCACAACCAAUGAUUUUGUCCAUGUCAAUGUCUUUAACAAGUUGAACGAGCCAAUACUCUUUACAUGGAAUGGCAUACAGCAGAGGCUAAACUCAUGGCAAGAUGGAGUGUCUGGCACAAACUGCCCCAUUAAACCUGGUACUAACUGGACUUAUGUGUUCCAGACCAAAGACCAGAUUGGCACUUUCACUUACUUCCCCUCCACCGACUUUCUAAAGGUUGCUGGAGGAUUCGGACCCAUCCGGAUCAACAACCGAGAUGUCAUCAGCAUCCCUUUUGCCAAACCAGAAGCUGAGUUUGAUCUUCUCAUUGGUGAUUGGUUUCAAUCCGACUAUUGGAUAGUUAGGUCAUUGGUGAAGUACAAUUACGAGAAUUUUGGUGAUGUCCCUGAUGUGAUGUUGAUGAAUGGCAAAGGCCCUUAUGGGGACCCAACUUCAAAAGCCUUUGAGUCCUUCACUGUCACACUAGGAAAAACGUAUCGAUUCCGAAUAUCAAACGUGGGGACUGCAUUCAGUUUCAACUUCAGGAUUCAGAACCACCAGAUGGUGUUGGUUGAAACAGAAGGAUCAUACACCAACCAGAUCACACUGGACUCUCUUGAUGUGCAUGUUGGCCAGUCCUACUCUGUUCUUGUCACUGCAAAUCAAAGUGAAGCCGAUUAUUACAUAGUGGCUUCUCCAAAAUUGUUCCUCACUUCGAAUACCAGCUCCCGUGUGGCCAAAGGGGUCCUGCACUAUGUCAAUUCUACUUCAACAGUUGCGGGACCUUUGCCAACAGGACCCGAUCCAUUUGAUGUUGAUUUUUCGAUAACUCAAGCUAAAUCUAUCAGGUGGAACCUGACUGCAGGAGCUGCAAGGCCUAAUCGACAAGGAAGCUUCAAUGUGACAAACGUUACCCUUUCGCAGACAUUUAUCCUCCAUGGAUCGGAAGCUAAAAUUAAUGGUUUCCCAUACUACGUAGUCAACAAUGUCUCGUAUCUCACCCCCGAUACCCCAUUGAAACUUGCCGAUCAAUUUGUAAACGGGUCGGGUGUAUACCAACUUGAUACAUACCCUGUCCACUCUAUCAAUGACGCUGCAUCAACUGGAGUUUUUGUUGUGACUGGAGUCCACAAAGGGUGGCUGGAAAUUGUGUUCAAGAAUGAUUUGAAACUCAUGGAUUCUUGGCAUUUGGAUGGUUACGGAUUCUACGUUGUUGGGUUUGGAGAAGGAGAAUGGACACCGGAAUCUCGCACUUCCUACAACCUCUACGAUCCCGUUGUUCGGUCCACGGUUCAGGUGUACCCCGGAAUGUGGACAGCAGUAUAUGCAUUCCUUGACAAUCCAGGAAUGUGGAAUUUGAGAUCACAGCACUUGAAGCAUUGGUUCCUUGGUCAAGAACUCUACAUCAGGGUACACGACGAUGAUCCCAACCCUGCCAAGGAGCGGCCGCCACCGGAAAACCUUCUUUUAUGUGGUUAG